AUGAUCUCGAAUUGGCUCUACCAGCAGGCUAUGGACAUCGACACGAACAACCUCAUCGGCUACAGCCUGGGAGCAAUCGUCCUGUAUGCAUCAUACCGCUAUGUCUACAACGUUUAUUUCCACCCCGCAGCCAAGUUCCCAGGCCCGAGAUUUGCUUCAUUCUCCAACUUAUGGUAUGCUUACCAAUGGUCUACGGGGAAGUAUCCAUGGGCUGUCGCAGAAGCUUUGAAGAAAUACGGGGACGUUGUUCGUGUAGCUCUGAAUGAGCUCGUUUUCAUCACACCCAAGGCGUUUACUGAUAUAUACGACUCGCACACAGCCGGACUCGAGCACUUUCCAAAAACUAAUUUCAUGGAUCUUGGACUAGGUGAUAGCGGUCUCUCAUGGGAGAAGAAUCCAGAGAAGCAUCGUGAAAAGGCCAAAAAGGUUGCGCCAGCUUUCAGUGUCAAGGCAUUGAGAGCCAAAGAACCGACGAUGAACAAGUAUACUGAUGCUUUUGUGGAGAGAAUGAAAGAUCUCGGAAGCAGGGACGAAGGCAUUGACCUCAAGACUUGGACAGACUGGAUUGCGAUGGAUGCCUCAGCCGAUUUGGCCUACAGUCGAGAACUACACCACUUGCAGGAUAUGAAAAGCACAAGUUUCCUGGAUGAAUUUCCUUUCAAGCUGCUUUUUGUCCCACCUUCCAUCAUCACAAGCCAUGGAAAGGUUGUGGAAAUGAACCAGAAGGCUCUCGACUCGCGCAUCGAACGCCGUGGUGCUGUUGGACAUUUGGACCACUUUGAACAAUUGCUGCCUGCUUUUGCACCUGAACCUACCAAGGAAGAGAAGAAGAAUUUGGAAGUCACGGUAGGGCACUUGGUGGUUGCUGGAUACGAACCGAUUGCGAGUCAGAUACUAUGCACCAUAAUGUUCUCCCUAUUCGAACCAGAUGCGCUCAAGCUGCUCGUCGGAGAAAUCAGAAGCAAUCUUGAGAGAUACGACGACAUCAACGCAGAGUCUCUCGGCUCGCUCAAAUUCUUGCAUGCCUCGCUGAUGGAAACAUUGCGUAUGACAGUUUUGCAAAGCAGUGGACAGCCGCGAAUGAGUCCGGGAGCAGAAGUCGAUGGGAAUUACAUCGCUCGUGGUGUUGAAGUUCAGUAUGGGUUUCUCGCAUUUACCCGAGAUGCACGUUACUUUCACGAUGGAAAAAGCUACAGGCCGCAGCGCUGGUUGCCACGUGACCAUCCAAACUGGGACCCCAAAUUCAAAAACGAUGCAACAGAACACUUCCAUCCGUUCAGUCUGGGACCAAGAUCGUGCGUUGGAAUGCCUUUGGCUUGGCGUCAGACGAGGCUAUUUGUGGCCAAGGUACUGUGGUCAUUCGACAUUGAGAUGUUGUCGAAUCAGAACGUCACAAUGGAAAAUGGCUUCAGAAUGUACGGAAUGUGGAAAAAGCCCAACUUCUGGGUUCGAUUCCACCCCGUGUCUAGAGAAGCCUGA